GCUGACUGUGGCCAGGAGACCCCUGCCUUUGAAGCCGUCUGAUUGGUAAGGGUCCUGAUCGUACAUGGAGGAUGACCCAAAAAUCCAGCGGUGUAAAGAGCUCCCCAGCCAAUAACCACAACCAUCAUGCACCCCCUGCCAUUAAGGCCAAUGGCAAAGAUGACCGCAGGACCGGCAGCAGGCCACAGUCUGCGACUGAUGAUGACACCUCCUCGGAACUGCAGAGGCUGGCAGACAUGGAUGCCCCACAGCAGGGUCGAGGUGGCUUCCGUAGGAUUGUCCGCCUGGUGAGGGUCGUCAGAGAGUGGGCCAACAAGAAUUUCCGAGAGGAAGAACCUAGGCCUGACUCGUUCCUUGAGCGUUUCCGUGGGCCUGAGCUCCAGACUGUGACGACACAGCAAGGGGAUGGCAAAGAUGACAAGGACAGCGAGGGCAAGGGCACCAAGAAGAAGUUUGAAUUAUUUGUUUUGGACCCAGCUGGGGACUGGUAUUACCGCUGGCUGUUUUUCAUCGCCAUGCCUGUCCUCUACAAUUGGUGCUUGCUUGUGGCCAGAGCUUGCUUCAAUGACCUACAGAAAGGCUACUACCUGGUAUGGCUGGUGCUGGACUACUUCUCCGAUGUGGUCUACGUUGCAGACCUUGUCAUCCGAUUGCGCACAGGUUUCCUGGAGCAGGGGCUGCUGGUCAAAGAUCCCAAGAAACUGCGGGACAACUACAUCCACACAUUGCAGUUCAAGUUGGAUGUGGCUUCCAUCAUCCCCACAGACCUGAUCUAUUUUGCUGUGGGAAUCCAUAGCCCCGAGGUGCGCUUCAACCGUCUGCUACACUUUGCCCGAAUGUUUGAAUUCUUUGAUCGCACUGAGACACGCACCAGCUACCCCAACAUUUUCCGCAUCAGCAACCUGGUCUUCUACAUCUUGGUCAUCAUCCACUGGAAUGCCUGCAUCUAUUACGCCAUCUCCAAGUCCAUAGGCUUUGGGGUUGACACCUGGGUUUAUCCCAAUAUCACUGACCCUGAAUAUGGCUACCUGGCUAGGGAAUACAUCUACUGCCUUUACUGGUCCACGCUGACCCUCACCACUAUUGGGGAGACACCACCUCCUGUAAAGGAUGAAGAGUUCCUAUUUGUCAUCUUUGACUUUCUGAUUGGUGUCCUCAUCUUUGCCACCAUUGUGGGAAAUGUGGGCUCCAUGAUCUCCAACAUGAAUGCCACCCGGGCAGAGUUUCAGGCCAAGAUCGACGCCGUCAAACACUACAUGCAGUUCCACAAGGUCAGCAAAGAGAUGGAAGCCAAGGUCAUUAAGUGGUUUGACUACUUGUGGACUAAUAAGAAGACCGUGGAUGAGCGGGAAGUUCUCAAGAACUUGCCAGCCAAGCUCAGGGCUGAGAUAGCUAUCAACGUCCACCUGUCCACACUCAAGAAAGUGCGCAUCUUCCAUGACUGUGAGGCUGGCCUGCUGGUGGAGCUGGUGCUGAAACUCCGUCCUCAGGUCUUUAGCCCCGGGGAUUACAUUUGCCGCAAAGGGGACAUUGGCAAGGAGAUGUACAUAAUUAAAGAGGGCAAGUUGGCAGUGGUGGCUGAUGAUGGUGUCACUCAGUAUGCCCUGCUCUCGGCUGGGAGCUGCUUUGGGGAGAUCAGUAUCCUUAACAUUAAGGGCAGCAAAAUGGGCAAUAGACGCACAGCCAAUAUCCGCAGCCUGGGCUACUCAGACCUCUUCUGCUUGUCCAAGGAUGAUCUUAUGGAAGCUGUGACUGAGUACCCAGAUGCCAAGAAGGUCUUGGAGGAGAGGGGUCGGGAGAUUCUGAUGAAGGAGGGGCUGUUGGACGAGAACGAGGUGGCAACCAGCAUGGAGGUGGAUGUGCAGGAGAAGCUGGAGCAGCUGGAGACCAACAUGGAAACCUUGUACACGCGCUUUGGCCGCCUGCUGGCUGAGUACACCGGGGCCCAGCAGAAGCUCAAGCAGCGCAUCACGGUCCUGGAGACCAAGAUGAAGAACAAUGAGGAUGACUACCUGUCAGAUGGGAUGAACAGCCCCGAGCCAGCUGCUGAGGAGAAGCCAUAAGGGCUGGGGCCCAACAGCCUCUCCAGUCUUGACCUUCACCCCAGGAGCUAGAAGAGCUGUAUAGAUCUCCAGGUUUCUGUGCAUUACUGUCAUGUCCCCUGAAUGCUUCCCAAAGCCUCUCUGACAUUUAGGAGUCCCUCUCCAAGUCUGGCUAAAAGCCAAGCUUGUGUACAGUGCAGACUGUGUUGGGCUGGCUUCAGCCUGCCCAAGUGUGAGGAAGGAAGAUAGGAGCAGCUGGACUGUCUUCCAGUGUCCUGUCCUGGGACUGGAGGCCUGGACAACCAUCUGCUCAGAAGAAUUGCAUCUGCAGAUCCAUGUGCACCCUGCCACAGCAAUCCCUGCCAUCUGACUCCUUUGCACUUAGCCACUCCCUACUUGGUUAUGGCCCCUACUUUUUCUAGCAUAUGUUCUGAAUGCCCCCAUUCAUCUGCAUAUAUAGGUAGUUUGAGCACUGGCUACAGACAUUUAGUCCUGGGACCCAGUGUUUGUCUCCCAAGGCAGGCUAAGAUGUGUGAUGGUGGAGGGGGGUGGGUAGGAAGGUGGUCACUCAGGGCUGUCCCUCCCUGUCAGACACUCAAACUUCUGCUCUACCAGCCAGGAGUGGGGUCUCAGCUUCUCUGGGCCCGGGAGAUGGGGAUGCUCCUGGCUUCUGGUCCAUUCUGGGGCAGGGCAACUAGCAAUCCUCCUAGAGAAAGUGGUGGCUGGGUAGCUCUGGCCAUUACUCCUCUAUGCAGAGCAUCUCUGAAGAGACUCUGAUGGCUGCUGGUGGGCAGGAGACUCCUCAAGUUAACAUAGGCAUUAGAGACACCUACACGUUAAUAAAUUCCUUUGAACUAUCUAUGGUUAGUGCGGAACUCUGCUAUUCACAUUCUAUCCCUCCCUCCAUUAAUCCCUUUCUCUUCCCCAUACAGUUGUCCCUCGAUGUCCCCAGGGGAUUGGUUCCAGGACCCCCUGUGGAUACCAAAAUCUG